AUGUUCAAAUUAUUGAGUAUGCGUGAAUAUGGUUUAUGUGAUGACGUUGCUAAUGCUGAACGUACGAAAAAAAUUGGUAAUUUUACAUUAUGUGUUUAUCGUAGUUUACAAACGUAUCAUCCAACACCAGUAAACACAAUGGAUCUAGAGCAAAUAGAUUAUCGAUAUUUAUUAUCCGGCGGUUUGAAUGGAAAUAUAUGUUGUCACGAUAUGUUGCCACCUGAUUUAGUUGCGACACAUCCGGUUAUAUUUAAAAUUGAUCGACACACCAACAGUGAUCAUCAUACACAUAGUGUUUCCUCAAUAUUAUGGUAUCCGCAUGAUAAUGGUCUCUUUAUUACACUUGCGUUAGACAAAAAAUUGAAAUUAUGGGAUGCAAAUCGUCUCAAGUUAGCCGAUGAAUAUGAUUUUACUCAGUUUGCCUACAGUGCUCACAUGCCAACAGUAAAUUCAUCGUUAAUCGCAGUAGCGCAUGCUAAUGGAGACGUAAGACUGAUUGAUAUAAGAAGUGGUUCAUCAACACACAUCAUGCAUUUGCACAAAGGAAAUGGUGUUGGUAUUGUUAAAUGGUUUAAUAAUAAUUCAAAUUUACUAGCUAGUGGCGGCAAUGUUUCCUUUUUUUGUAGUGUUGAUGGGCGAGUAUUAUUUACAGAUAUUCGUAGUUCUCGGACCUAUUACAUGUGUCUUGAUCGUGAUAAUGUCUCAACAGUAGAAUCAGCAUCAACAACAUGCGAGACCAGCAUACGUUCUAAGUCAAACAAAUCUACAACAUCUUCGACUGUUAUUGCACAUGAUCGUUGUGUUAAAUCUUUACAAUUUUUAUCUGAUAAUCGUCAUUUAUUGAGUUUAGGAUCCGAUAAUUGCAUGCGUCUAUGGUCUAUUGAUACGGGCAAACAUUUAUUAGUUAAUUAUGGUCAUAUACAAGUAGAAGGACAAAAAUUAGUUACAAUAGGAACCACUCAAAUUAAAUAUGAACUAAAUAAAGCUCUUGCCUAUGUACCAUCUUCUAAAUCUAUACGUGUCUAUGAUAUCUUUAGUGGUGCAUCUUUACCGUCUUUGAAUGGUCAUUUAAUGCGUGUGAAUACAUGCGUAUUUAAUCAAGCUUGGACAGAAUUAUAUUCAUGUUCAGAUAAUAUAAAUAUAUGGGCUGAUAUGAAGAAACAACAAAAUGAUUAUGAAUUAAUGAUGAGAACUCAGAGUAGAAAUGAAUCACAAACAACAACAUCAAAGUCUCGACAAUCAUUUUCAUUAGGACAAAUUUUAAAUAGAGAUCAAUGGAGUGACGAUGAAGAUGAAUCUUAA